AUGGCUCAGUCCUAUAACCGCAUGAGUGGUGGUACAUCUCUGACUCACAUAAAGUGGUUAAACAGUCACAGACUUAGUCCGAGAAGUGCCGUCUAUGGUAUCACACAAUUCUCUGAUCUCAGUCCUCAUGAGUUCCAAGAAAUCAGUAGACAGACUAACUUUCUCAAUAAUCAAGAAAAUAUUAAAACACAACUCAAAGAUGUGCCACAAAAGUGUGAUUAUAGGGACAAGAAUGUGGUGACCAAAGUUAGGAACCAAGGAGAGUGUGGCGCGUGUUGGGCCCACUCUAUCGUCGAGACCAUCGAGACUAUGGUCGCCCUUAAGACCAAAUCAUUGCGCGAAUACAGUGUUCAGCAGUUUAUAGACUGUGCCACAGAAGACAACAAAGGAUGCGAUGGCGGGGAUACCUGUGCAGCACUGGUAUGGAUGGCAGAAAACAACGUUCGCAUACAAACUCUUAAAGAUUAUCCGACUCGAGAAGGAGUGGGAAAGUGUAAGGAGAAGACUCCCCAACACGGAGUCAGCAUUUUAGGCAAUUUCACGUGUGAUAAUUUUGUGGACAAAGAGGUCCAAAUGGUGCGGCUGUUGGCAAAUCACGGACCACUCGUGGUUGCUGUGGACGCCAAGAGUUGGCAACACUAUUUGGGAGGUGUUAUUCAAUACCAUUGCGAUAAUGAUCUGAAUCAUGCCGCACAGAUAGUUGGCUAUGACUUGACAGGUGAUAUACCAUAUUAUAUUGUGCGCAACACUUGGGACACAAGUUUUGGAAUCGAUGGAUAUCUUCACAUAGAAAUUGGUCACGACUUGUGUGGGAUGGCUGAAGAAAACAUAUUUGCGUGUAUUGUGUCGCCCCUAACGAUGAUGUCCAUUGAAUCCGAUGUGAAAGUCUUCAAUUCAGACAAUGAAGACCUGAGCGAAGACAACAGACUUUCAGUGAACGGUGUUCUGGGCAUCAGUUCUCGUGUCCAAAACACGAUCGAACAGAUCCUGUCCACCGAAGACCCUCUGGACAAACAGGACUUCAACGCUGUGGAGUAUAUCAACACAUUGUUCCCAUCGGAACAGUCGCUCUCCAAUAUCGACGAUGUCUUGAAUCGCAUGAAACAGAAGAUUAGACAAUUGGACGAAGAGAUCCGGGUUGUAGUGCGCGGACAGAAUAACGUGGAGCGGGAGGGGAGGGAGGCGUUAGAGUCGGCCCGCAAUGUCAUAACACAACUCGCGAACCGUAUUCUUGAGAUCAAAGAACAGGCGAAACAAUCGGAACAAAUUGUCAACGAAAUCACGUGUGAUAUCAAGCAAUUGGAUAAUGCGAAGAGAAAUCUGACACAAUCUAUAAUAAUGUUAAAUAAUUUGCAUAUUUUGGUUGAGGGCACCGACCGCUUGCAAGAGGCGACAAAGAAGAGACAAUACGGACAGUCGGCGUCUAUUCUUCAGGGAGUGAUGGAUGUGUUGAAGCAGUUUGAACGGCACCGGCAUAUACCUCAUAUCAGCCAAUUGGCAGAACAGGUAGAGUCCAUACGAACCCAAUUAGGACAACAAAUUCUGGAGGACUUCCGCAAUGCAUUCGAGGGCCCGAACGCCAGAAACUCUUUCUCUCAAAACCAAUUGCAAUAUUUGGCCGAAGGGUGUCUCGCAGUGGCUAUUCUCGACCCGAAGAUCAAACGCGAACUAUUGUCUCGUUUCGUGGAUAUGGAACUCUCUGAAUAUAAGGCUCUAUUCCAAGAGAAUCAGGAGAUCUCAUGGCUCGACAAAAUCGACAAACGGUUCAAUUGGAUUAAAAAACAUUUGGUUGAGUUCGAGGAGAGGUUCGGUCGUAUGUUUCCUCCCAAAUGGGAAGUCAGUGAAUGCAUUGCCAUAGAGUUCUGCAGAAUAACGCGCAAAGAAUUGGCUAAAGUGAUGACCAAUCGAUCCCAAGAAUUAACUGUAAACCUCUUGUUAUCCGCCAUUUCCAAGUCAACGGCAUUUGAGAAACUAUUGUCUCAAAGAUUCACUGGAAUUACAUUAAAGGAGAGUCAAAAUGAACUGAAAUUAGGUUCCGAUAAAAGCAAUGAAUUGAAAAUAAAUCCUUUUUGGGGACAAAUCAGUCAAUGUUUUGAAAGCCAUUUGAGUCUUUACGUGGAGGCGCAGGACAAGAACCUCUCGAAACUGAUCGACCAAUUCGUUGAAGAGCACCAAAAGCUCUCCAAAACAGAGAUCGUUGUCUCCGAAGUGUUCGCAACGAGUGGUAAACUAUUCACUCAAUACAAGAUGUGUUUAGUCACAUGUGUUUCGCUCAGUAAUAGACAACCACUGGUGCUGUUGUCGACAACAUUCCAGAAAUAUUUAAGAGAAUACGCGCAUCGAGUCCUUCAGAGCAAUCUCCCCCGUGUGGGCGCCCUCUCCUCCAUCGCCAGUCUCUCUAAUACCAUAACAAACGCGGCCAACACUCGAGAGGGAGUUCUCUCAGCAGCCAGUUCUGCGGCCGGACUCCUCCAGAGCUUCCUUAAGGAGGCCGAGGGAGGGGUUAAAGUGCUCUCCAAAGGAGAGUUAUGUCAAUUAGAGAAAAAAUUACAGGAAAAGGUUGACCAGACUUUGACUGACAAAAUCAAUAUGAGUCCUGAACUCGACAUCUUUCAUGGGAUAAUAUCGAAUUGCAUUCAACUUUUAAUUCACAAUAUAGAGGCCGGAUGUGAAUCGGCUUUUAAUAUAAUGAUUAAAACCCAGUGGUCAGCAGUUGAGACACCAAUUGGUCAAAGUUCUUAUCUAACGAGCAUAUCGUCAAGCCUUCAGCAGACGUUCCCAUAUCUUCGAGAUAAUCUACAGGAGGCGCGCAAAUACUUCACCCAAUUGUGCAAUAAGUUUGCGUCCACUUUCAUUCCCAAAUAUAUCGGACAUCUGUUCAAAUGCAAGUGUCUGAGUCAGGGUGGGGCUGAACAGCUGCUUCUGGACACCCAUACCCUGAAGAAAGUGCUCAUAGAGUUGCCCUGUUGGGAGUCGGCCGUUAAGACUGCGCCCGCGAGCUAUACUAAGACUGUCAUCAAAGGCAUGACUAAGGCUGAGAUGAUUCUCAAAGUAGUUCUCGUGCCCCACGAAAGGGUCGACCCAUUCAUUGAAAGUUAUAUUAAAUUACUGCCCGAUUCUGAUAACAAUGAGUUCCAGAAAAUACUGGACAUGAAAGGAGUGAAAAGAGCCGAAUCCACUCAAUUGCUCGAAGCCUUUAAGAAUAGACCCCUUUCUAAAGAGAUCAAUGAUUUGACCUCUAAUUCUAUGUCUAAUGAAAUCAAUUCUGACCAAAAUAAUGACUACGAGUCCAGUCGUAUAAAGCGUUUGGAAAAGUUAAUUAAAAAGAGGUUAUAA